AUAGAUAUGGAAUCAUGUGUACCUCCAGGAUUUAGAUUUCAUCCAACAGAAGAAGAACUUGUGGGGUAUUACCUCAAGAGGAAGAUAAACUCACUAAAAAUCGAUCUAGAUGUUAUUGUUGAGAUCGAUCUCUACAGAAUAGAACCAUGGGAUAUACAAGAUAAAUGCAAGCUAGGAUAUGAGCAACAGAAUGAGUGGUACUUUUUCAGUCAUAAAGAUAAGAAGUAUCCAACAGGGACAAGAACUAACAGAGCAACUGCUGCUGGAUUUUGGAAAGCAACAGGAAGAGACAAAGCUGUGACAUCCAAAAACAGAAUAAUAGGGAUGAGGAAGACCCUUGUGUUCUAUAAGGGACGUGCUCCAAAUGGAAGGAAAACAGACUGGAUUAUGCAUGAAUAUAGGCAUCAAACCUCAGAACAUGGCCCUCCACAGGAAGAAGGAUGGGUUGUGUGCCGAGCAUUUAGAAAACCUAUUCCAAGUCAGAGGCCAGGUUAUGAACCAUGGUGUAAUAGUCAACCACACUAUUUCAGAGAUCAAAGCUAUGCAAAUGCAAGACCCUUAUCAAUUUCAGAUAUUUUAAAUGAAACUCAUGAAGUGCUUCAUUCUGCUGAAGGUACAAGUUUUAGUAACCCCUUUAGCUUGGAGCAGCAAUUUCUAUCCAACCAAACUGUUAUGGAUAAACAACUCAUUGAGCUUCCACAACUUGAUAGUCCAACAAGUUUGGCAAUAAAAGAAUGUAGCCAACAACAUCAUAAUGUCCAAGAUUGCAGUGAUGAAAGGAGCAAUAACAAUGGACAAGGUAUUGAUUGGAAAAGCUUGGACAACUUGUUCGCUUCACAAUUGACAGAUACAAGUUACUUUUCAAAUCCAAACUUGCCCAUGAACAUGAUGAUACCUCAUAGCCAUGAACUACAACCUCAAAAUCAAGCUAGUCAUAUCCUAGGAUGCUUUCCUGAUUCAUAA